AUGGUAGUCAUCGCGAAAGUCCUUUGGCUGGCUUUAACUGCCACUGUUACCACUGCUACUCCUAUCCUUCGGCGCGAUGUCAUUACCGUUCAGAAUGACAUUACGCAGAAGAUGGGCCCGGGUUGGUUUACCCUAAACCAGGACUUGAAUAAUUUCCCAAGCAGCGGCUUUGCUGGAGCAAUUACCAUCCGAGACGAUAUUGCCGAUCUAGUCACUAUUUUGGAGGAUACGCUUUCUGAUAUCAAGACUACUGGCUCAUUCGGUACAGUGGCUGGCACAACCAUCCUUGCCGACAUUCAGGAACAAGUCCCUACAAUGCUGGCUUCGCUAGUAACCAUAGGGGCCCAAGAAUCAGAUUGGCAGGCCAUGCAGGGUGCAUCUUGGAUCCUAACUCAACUUGAGUCAAUGAACAUUGCUACUUCGAAUUUUAUGGAUGCGGUUAUAGCAGCUGAGCCUCUUUUUCUGAAGCCCGGUGCUCUGGCUUUGAAGGCGCAGAUGUCAGGUGCAUUUACCACAGCAAUAAAUUACUACGGCGCAUCGCAAUAG